UGUAGAGGAAGUCUUUUGUAGGAUAGCUUCAAGCUCAUCUUGAACGAAGUGGAGUCCAAUAACGGGUUAUGCCGGCUUUGUUUUACUUCCUUUACCAGAACUGGCGUAACUCUAACUUUAGAUAGUUCUAAUUUGAAAAGAAUGAGAAGAUACCUUAAAAAAUCUUCUGCGGUAGAGCUAACUUAAAGACCAACUAAACAAUACCAAGAAGUAGAGUAUCUACACCAAACAACAAAUCUGCAUCAAUAAAAGAAGACCCCAUCACAAGAACCAGUCAUACCAACUAACACUAUACCCCAAUCACACUACAUCAUCCAACCCCGCCUCCAAAGCCAUCUCUCCAGUCCCACCUUCUAAACCUCUAAAAACUACACUCCCUUCCUCCCACUCCACCCCUAAAAACCCCACUAUCUCCCUUCCCAAAUCCCCAAAAAAUCCCAACCCCCACCUUCCAGAGAUGAAGAAGCGAAAGAUUCAGCACCUUCUCAGGAAUCUUCAGUUGAUGACCAAAAGAAAUCUAGAGGUGUUGGAAGUCAUAACCCUCAGCCCGUUCCUCCAUCCCAAGACGCCACCUCCCUACCCAAAGACCCCAACAUCCACACCUCCUCCACAUCCCUCGGCGAGCCUAUCCAAGUAUCCCAAAAUCCCUAUGCCAGCCCACCCUUCCAGCACCCAAAUCACAUGGCAGGUCAACAAAUGCAGUAUCAAAAUGUAUAUCCUUACAAUGGGCAUCCUCAGUCUCAGCGUAGAAUCAGUCUUUGAAGAAAUAGGAAGAUCAGAACUCUGAUGAUCAUCCUGUCGGUGAUAGACGGGUUGUGCCAGAUCGGAAUUGGAGUUAUGGUAGGGCUCGCCUUCGCGUUGUAAGCAGAAGAGGAUGAUA